CUUUUUAAUGUCUCAAAUGAACUCGGCGCCCAAAUAUUGUGAAACUAUUCGUUUAAAUUUAGACGAAAGUUCUUAUUUAAUUGUAUAAAUGUCAAAUAAUUAUUAUUACUAUAGUAGAAGGUUGUUAAAUUACGUAGUAUAAAUCAGUUAGACAACUGGUGGAAUUCAAGGAGAAUUGGAUAGCUGUUAAUGAGACAUCCUGGUUACUAAUCCCUGUUUAACUGAAAUCAAUCAGUGACGUGAACUACCAAAUAAUCAUUUUUUGUUGAACAAUCAUGCGGGCUGAAAAAAAUACUGCACAUAGCGGUCGUACAUAAGCGUAGGCAAAUAACUAUAGGCAGCAACGGUAUGGAUACCACUUAACUCUGAGUCAUUUAAGAGUUACGUGUCGUUUCUGAAACACUAAUCUGUCAAGUCAAUUAAACCAACCCUGUUUGUCUAUUCAAGGUCAUCAUGUGAGCUUAUCACGAUUCGUUCGUUAGAUUGUAUGCAUCAAUUUGUGACCAAUAAAAGCAAUCAACUGUAACCUUGAGUUGUGAUUCGUUCAUCAUAAGGAAUGGAACUAGGGCUCAUUGUCUUGCUGUAUUGAUUGGACAUAUCGACAUCGAUGCCGGAUGCUUCUGCUAUUUCCAAACCACUGUUGCUUAAAGGAGGCACAGUCGUGAACCAUGACGUAUCUUUCAAAUCAGAUGUUUUAAUUGAUAAUGGUAUUAUUCAGGCUGUUGGUGAAAACUUUAGCUACCCCAACGGCACAGAAAUUAUCGACGUAAGUAAUAAAUUAUUAUUACCUGGCGGAAUUGACUUGGACUGUCACAUUGGUGUCGCAACCUCAAAUGACCCUAUAGCUGAUACUUACCUCUCUUCAGGAAAAGCAGCUCUUUUUGGUGGUACAACUACAAUUGUAAACACGGUUAAUGCUUAUCCUGGGGAAUCACUAAUAGACGCAUAUGAACAGUUUGUAUCAUCAGCCCAUGAAAGCCUAGCAUGCGAUUAUGGUGUAUGCUUGCGGUUGGCUGGCUUCUCAUCAGAAAUGAACAACGAGCUGAAUACUUUAGUUCAAGAUAAAGGAGUGCUGCUAUUUUCCGUUCGUGUGGGUUCAAAAUCUUCAUCUGUGGUAGAUAAUGAACAGUGUAUUAUCAAUGAAGAAGAAUUUUGUUAUUUCUUAAAGGCAUGUCGACAACUAGGAGCGUUGCCAAUGCUUGAAGCAGCUACUUCUGUGUCGUUAGCUGAGAAAUUAUCCUCAGACGUGCAAAUCAAUUGUCCCGAUAUUGGUCCAGAAGUCAAUUUAUUGGUUUCACCGGAAGAAGCUGAGGCAAAUAGUAUAUUGCAAGGAUCUUUGUUUUCACAAUAUGCAGGAUUUUGUUGUCCGCUUUUAAUUUCUAGAAUUCAUAGUAAAGCAGCACUAAAUUGCUUCAUUGAACAGCGCCGUAUGUGUAGAGGUAUAUUAUUUGGACAAACUAGUAUUCCCGCAAUAGCUAUUCCUCUUUCUUUAAUAAACUGUGAUGAUCAUCCUGACGACAUGUUGACCCAUUCAAAGAAUUGGGCUGUUGCUGCUAGUUACAUGUGCGACCCUCCAUUACGACCAGAUACUUAUCUUAGCCGAAGGUUGCUGACUCACCUCGUCUCUGAAGACUUGACUUGCGUUGGUUCAGGUCAUCGGGCAAUAACCACUGCAGUUCGUGCAGCUUUUGGAUCAAAAAGUGCUGUACAUAUACCUCGUGGUAUAGCAUCUUUGGGCUAUAGAAUGGUUGCCUUAUGGCAUUUUGGUGUUGAAAGUGGAUUUUUGGAUCCUUGUACGUUCGUCAAAGUAACUAGCUCUAAUCCUGCAAGAUUAAUUAAUGUUUAUCCUCAGAAAGGCAGAAUAGAAGUAGGUUCCGACGCCGAUAUAUUAGUUUGGUCAAACUCCUAUAAGCAAGACGUUUUGAAAAACAUUUUACCCGAUGGUGUACCUAACCUAUUUUCUAACACUGCUUAUCAUUCGGGACCUGAAGUGGUUAUAUUACGUGGUCAUAUUGCUGUUCAUAAUACCGAGUUUUCAAAUAACACUUCCACUCAUGGGAAACUGCUUGUUUGCCGACCAUUUUCUCAUUAUGUGUAUGCUCGUGUCGAUUCAGUGGAAAGAAGUGUCAAUUCCGAAUUUAAAAUGCUCCAACGCGAACCAUACGUAGGAAAUGCAGUUUCCAUUACUACUGAAACUUCAAAUGAUAACAAGGAAGGGUACUACUUUCGGAAAGAAUAUUAUGAUAAUAUACCCAGAGUGGCCUUACCACCUGGUCAGAGGAAAAUACACACGUCAGUUAAAACGGCUCAACCUCCCGGUGGUUCAUCGAAUGCGUUUUGGUCAAACGAAUAGGAAAAUCCAUUGUCUGUGGAUGUUAACUUCUACAUUUUCGAUUUCUAGCUUUAUAUUUCACUUUGAGUAAUUUCCAUGGUGCAUUUCAACUAAACCAACUGAAUUUCCUUAACUAUUUACGUGUCUUAAUAUCAUUUCUUUGAUUAAAACAGCCAUUAAUGUUGUGCAAAAUAUUUAAGUAACAAUCUAAUAAAUUCAAUUGCGAGUUAUCCUUUUAUACAUUCCGAUCGGUUGAUUGUCUGAUGGUUCUAAAAAUAUAAUGAAGAAAGCUUUGUUUUGUAAUCUUCCAACCAUAACGUAUUAACUAUAGAAGCCUCCAAAGUUACACACUAACUUAGACCAAUGCUCUAGAGAUUGGUGAAAAUGCACGAUCUUUUUCAAAUAGUGUUUUUGUAACGUCCGACCGCUUUUUUCUGGAUUACAAGCGUCACCUAUCACUGUAUUUUCAUGUCAAUCACCAAUUGAUGGUACUCUUUGUCUGAUCUAACCUGAGAUUCAUCCAAUCUUGUUUUUAUUAACACCAAGAUAGUACUAAGUCCUCCAACCUGUUAAUCAUUACAAUCUUGUUAAUUGGUUUAGCCUUACUGGAACCUAACGCCCAACUUCAC